CGAACCCAUCUUCCCAGUACAUGGUGGCAUAGAACAGUCGUCUCCAACCUUGCCCUUCGAGGGAUUGGACCAGCUACACACCGACCAAUCCCUUUUCAAGUAGCACCACGCAGCAUGCCAGCGACCAAGCGAAAGUCGCCAGGUGGCGUUCCGCAGCCCUCUGUCAGGUCCUUCUUCACGCCGAGCAGCAGUGUGAAACCAUCAUCGCCCGGAUCGACUUCGAGGUCCGUAUCAAGAUCGAGCAGCGCCACUGAUUUCAAGUGUACAAGCCCCUUCGACGAGUCAUCCACAAAGAUCGCACGGAGCGAGGGCUCAGCUUCAAUAAGAACACCGCUCGCAAGCGCCAAGGAGCUUAGAGCGGCCGAGGAAAGAGACUUAGCUGCGGCGAUCGCGGCAAGUCUUGCCAACAGUGUCAUUGACAGCGCUCCGCAUCGCCCAGCAGCUGCCGGCGCCUCGAGUGAUCGUGUGACUUCCGAUGCGGAUGGGGAUCUCCCUACACAGCCAUCAAGGCCACGAGUGCCCAUCGACUCGGGCGACGCAGCCACCCAUACUCCACCCUCUCCUCCUGCGGCUUCGGCACCAGCCAGUGAUGCUCCAAGCACAUUACUGGCAAAGCUCGACGAGCUUGCGGGAGGUAGCAAACGGCUUCUUGAGGAGGAACAGGAAUUAGAAGUCAUCGAGAGCGCCGACGAUCCGGUCGAUGGUCCUGUGGGCGUGGUAGCAGGCCCAGACAAGGCGGGUGGGAUUUCGACGGAUGGGCAAAGUGCAACUUCAUUCGCCCAGUCGAGCUUGAGCUCGUACGUAUCGAGUGCUCGCAAGGAUAAAGAAGGGAACGGUGAAGCGAGCACCUCCAACGCAUUCUCACAUCUCAUGCGACCCAGCUCGGAUGCGCUCUUGUGGGCGCAAGCUGAUGUUGUCGAGGCAGACAAUCAUUCUGGACCAGCAAAGAUGAAGAAGGCUUUGCGCAAAGCUCCUUUCUACAAGGUGCUCGAAGGCAUGCCCUUGUCCGUAGAUGGCUUUAGAUUUGGAAACAUUGAGGGCUGCAAGGGAUGGUUCCUGAGCCACUUUCACAGCGAUCAUUACGUCGGUCUCAGCAAUUCCUGGACGCAUGGUCCCAUUUACUGCAGCGCCGAGACUGCCUCGCUCGUGCAGUCUUCGCUGAAAGUCGCGGCCCAGUACGUGGUGGCCUUGCCAUUCGACGAACCAUACGAGGUACCGAACAGCGGUGGCGUGAUCGUGACGCCUAUCCGUGCCAAUCACUGCCCGGGAUCGUGUCUAUUCCAUUUCCGGGGCCCUCAGACAGCGCACAUCCUGCCCCCACCACCCGGAGGACAUCACCCUCCACUCAGGAAGAACAGACUCUCGACGUACCUGCAUUGUGGAGACUUUCGUGCUUGCCCGGAGCACGUUCGCCAUCCGACAAUCCGGAGACAUCGAUUGGAUAUUAUCUACCUCGAUACGACAUACUGCAAUGCACGCUACUGCUUCCCUCCCCAACCUCUCGUAAUCGACGCGUGCGGACAACUAGUCGCCAAUCUCGCUCCCAACCAAGCACAAGGACCCGAUGUCGAUCUGACGAAGCAGGAGGAAGAUUGGAGUAGGCCCUAUAAAAGUGCGACUGCUCUGCUCAAGGAAGAAAAGCAAAAGGUGGCAUUGAAGGAGGAGGCUAGCGCUCGAAGUGCCAUGGGCAGUUGGCUUGGUAGGCGAUCACCAUUGGAUGAUCCCAAGGUCGAAGGGGCGCAAAGCGCAGCAAGAAGUGCCUUGCCGGACGCAACCUCAAUGGACACUGCCACUGCGGCCGAGGAAGCAGAGGCGGAGCUUUGGGCAGCGGCGCACGGAGGUCUCGAUGAGCUCAUCGAUGGAGGUUUCAUGGACGAAGUCAACGCCCUGCAGGAAAUGGAUGCGCAGGCGAGCCAGACGCCAGACGAGGAGGUCUCAGAGGACACCUUGCAAAUGCAGCUGAGCAUCAAGCAAGAGCCGCUUGAAGGGGAAGUGGCAAGACCGCCUUUGAUGGAGCGAGGCACGAGCAAUGCUUUCAUCAAGCAGGAAGAUGCUACAGACAGCGGCCUUGACUCUGUUCCAAAGCCUGCACAAGAUGCCUUUACAGUGCUCGGUGCAGCCUCGAAGCAAGAAGGGACGAUGACGAACUACGCUGCUUCCGAAGCACUGCUCAAGACCCGCCUCGCCGAGUCCUCCAAGACGGGUCGUUUGCUGGUAGUGUGUGGAACAUACACCAUCGGCAAGGAGAAGAUCGUGUUGGCGGCAGCUCGAGCUUUGCGAUCCAAGGUGUACUGCUCGGAUCCGCGAAAAUAUGCAGUGUAUGCUCAAGUGGACGAGCCAGAGCUGCAUGCCCGAUUGACACGAGAUCCUCUAGCGGCGAGUGUGCACGUGCAUGGGCUCAGCGCGGUCAAUGGCGAAGCCCUUCGCGCGCUAGUCGCCAGUCUGAGAAAGAUGGGCGGAGACUUUGACAGGGCCGUCGCAUUCAGACCUACCGGAUGGACAUACAAGCCGCCAGCUGGUCUGGACACUACGGCCCCGAACCUCCGAAGGCUGAUCGAGUACAAUCAGAGCAAAGGCUUUUCUGCUAGGGACCUUCAACCGACUCGCGAUUCUAGCAGGCAGUACGCCAUCUACGGCGUGCCCUACAGCGAGCACAGCAGUUUCUUCGAGUUGACUGCGUUCGCGCUAUCCAUCGAUUAUGAUCGCAUCAUCCCCACAGUGAACGUGGGCAAUCCGACUUCUCGAGCCAAGAUGAAGAGAUGGUUUGAGCGGUGGGCGCAAGAGAAGAAGAGGAGAGGCGGUCAGGCAGUAGUUGGACGAGCCGACACCUACUUCUGAUUCGCGGCGACCCUCAUUUCCGCCAUUUGCUCCUCAGCAGCUCCUUCCAUUGCGCACCAUUUGCCUUUCGCGACGAUGUUCUGCUUUCUGCACUGUAUUCACAUGUAUUUGUACACUUGGCUCGCACACCUGGCUUGCAUGACGACUUUCCUCCACGAACGUCAUUUCAACGUUGGACAGGCGUGCGUGCGAGUCAAGCCCGACGACUCUUGACUUUGGACUUUGAUACGGG